ACUUGCCCAUGCUUCACUCCCCAACGUAAUCACUGCAAAGCUUAAAAAAUGAGCAUGGUUUGGUACUUAACGCUGACACUGCUCGCCGUUAGUCCGGCGAUUAUUGAGGGCUGCCCGCCGUCAGACCGGGCAGCGUUGCUGGCCUUCAAGGCGACCCUCCACGAGCCCUACUUGGGCAUCUUCAACUCGUGGACGGGCGCCGACUGUUGCCACAACUGGUACGGCGUUAGCUGCGACCCGGAGACCCGCCGCGUCGCCGACAUCACCCUCCGUGGAGAGUCCGAGGACCCGAUAUUCGAGCGGGCCCACCGCACCGGUCACAUGACCGGCUACAUCUCACGCUCCAUCUGUAGUCUCACGCGCCUCUCCUCGAUCAUUAUCGCUGAUUGGAAGGGCAUCUCGGGCGAGAUCCCCACGUGUAUCACCUCGCUUCCCUUUCUCCGAAUCUUGGAUCUUAUUGGCAAUAAGAUCUCGGGCGAGAUUCCGCACGAUAUCGGCCGGCUCCAGCGGCUCUCCGUCCUCAACUUCGCCGAUAAUCUCAUCUACGGGAGUAUCCCACCGUCCAUUACGAACCUUACCGGCCUGAUGCACCUGGACCUCCGAAACAACCGACUCUCCGGCGCGCUUCCCCAAAAUUUCGGGAGACUCGGGAUGCUGAGCCGAGCUUUGCUGAGUCGCAACCAGUUCUCCGGGCCGAUCCCAGCUUCGCUUACCCAAAUUUACCGCCUUGCGGAUCUGGAUCUUUCUUUGAAUCAGAUCUCGGGUCCAAUCCCGGACUCACUCGGUAAAAUGGCGGUUCUCGCAACGUUAAAUGUCGACGGCAAUAGAAUAUCAGGUAGAAUACCGGCUAGUCUGUUUAGCUCCGGGAUUGGUAACUUAAAUUUGAGCCGAAACGCGCUUGACGGUUACAUACCGGACGUUUUCGGGCCGAGAUCGUACUUUACCGUGCUCGAUUUAUCGUACAAUAAUUUGAGGGGUGCGAUACCCAAAUCUGUGUCUUCCGCUUCAUAUAUCGGACACAUGGAUUUGAGCCAUAACCACCUAUGUGGUAGAAUACCGGCCGGUUCGCCGUUCGACCAUCUGGAAGCGUCGUCGUUUGUUUACAACGAUUGUCUUUGUGGGAAGCCGCUAAAAGCUUGCUAGACUAAUAUGUUUCGGCCGAGAUAGGUUGGGGUUUGUGUCGGUAAACCGACAUAUGAUGAAUAUGUUUGUAUUACGUGAUACUAAAUUAGUACGUAGUCCUCUAUAUGUUGCUAAUUAGUCGAUUAUAUUUUGUGUUUAAUCUACGUUGUACGUGAUUUGCA